UGCGCGGGCGCAAGCAAGUAGGGGCUCCCGGUGGGCGGUGGCAGCAUCGGUGCCCCGCGCAGCCUGGAGGCCGCCGAGGCUCGCCAUGCCGGGAGGACUCUAGCUCCCCCAUGGAGUCGGCCGACUUCUACGAGGCGGAGCCGCGGACCCCGAUGAGCAGCCACCUUCAAAGCCCCCAGCACGCGCCCAGCAGCGCCGCCUUUGGCUUUCCCCGGGGCGCGGGCCCCGCGCAGCCCCUCGCCCCACCUGCCGCCCCGGAACCGCUGGGCGGCAUCUGCGAACACGAGACGUCCAUCGAUAUCAGCGCCUACAUCGACCCGGCCGCCUUCAACGACGAGUUCCUGGCCGACCUGUUCCAGCACAGUCGGCAGCAGGAGAAGGCCAAGGCGGCCGCGGCCCCCGUGGGAGGCGGCAGCGGCGACUUUGACUACCCGGGAGCCCCGGUGGGCCCAGGAGGCGCUGUUAUGCCCGGGGGGGCGCACGGCCCACCUCCCAGCUAUGGCUGCGCGGCGCCCGGCUACCUGGACGGCAGGCUGGAGCCCCUGUACGAGCGCGUCGGGGCGCCAGCGCUGCGGCCGCUAGUAAUCAAGCAGGAGCCGCGUGAGGAGGACGAGGCGAAGCAGCUGGCGUUGGCCGGCCUCUUCCCCUACCAACCGCCGCCGCCACCGCCACCGCACCCGCACCCGCACCCGCACCCGCAUCCGCACCCACCGCCCGCGCCCCUGGCUGCCCCGCACCUGCAGUUCCAGAUCGCGCAUUGCGGCCAGACCACCAUGCACCUGCAGCCCGGCCACCCCACGCCGCCGCCCACGCCCGUGCCCAGCCCGCACCCAGCACCCGCGCUCGGCGCCGCUGGCUUGCCGGGCCCUGGCGGCGCGCUCAAGGGGCUGGCCGCUGCGCACCCCGACCUCCGCACAGGCGGAGGCGGCGGCGCGGGUAAAGCCAAGAAGUCGGUGGACAAGAACAGCAACGAGUACCGGGUGCGGCGCGAGCGCAACAACAUCGCCGUGCGCAAGAGCCGGGACAAGGCCAAGCAGCGCAACGUGGAGACGCAGCAGAAGGUGCUGGAGCUGACCAGUGACAAUGACCGCCUGCGCAAGCGGGUGGAACAGCUGAGCCGCGAACUCGACACGCUGCGGGGCAUCUUCCGCCAGCUGCCCGAGAGCUCCCUGGUCAAGGCCAUGGGCAACUGCGCGUGAGGCGCCCCGCGGCGGGACCGCCCUGGGCCGGCCCCUGGCUGGGACCCAGGGAGUGCUUUUGGGUCUCCGGAUCUCAAGACUGCCCGAGCCGCGCGUGCCAGGACUAGGAGUUUCCGAUGCCAACUGAAAGCCUGGACUGUCGCGCGUGCCCCUUGCCUUCUUCUGCGUGCGACACGGUGCGUCUAAGAUAAGGGGUCAGGCAGUAGUUUAUCCCUGUAAGAGAGAAGCGCCGCGGGGCCAAGCCGGGAGCCUGGCAACUCUAGUAUUAAGGAAUAACCUUGUGCCUUGGACAUGCAAACUCACCGCUCUGAUUCCUACCAAGUAGGGGGAGCAAAUAUGUGCCUUGUCAUUUUAUUUGGAGGGUUCCUGCAGCAGGACCCCGUAAGAGAAGGAGGGGUGCAGGCUUCCGGAUGGAGCAGAGAUCCUACAAGCCAGCCCCAGCUGCUCCUCAGCUACUUGUCCUUGGAGGGGAGGAAACACAGGGAUCUGGGGCUUUGAACCUAAGAUCGUUCUAGUUCUUCAUGAAGGUAGAGGGUCCCUAGUGCCUUGCCUCUAACUUCCCAGCCUACAACGGACUGGGCUUCCAGGGCAGAACUCCCUGAGAUCUGAGUCACCAUGUGACCAGUGGGAGACCUCACCCCCAGUCAGACCAGAAAGCUAGGUGUGGAUUAGCUAUAAGGACAUAUGGGAAUGGUGGCCCGGUGCAAGAGGGGAACCUAGAGGUCUGGUCUGGGGGUUGGGGAAGGGUUGACGGGACACUGGGACCAUCAGCCAUGUCUAUACUGUUUGUCGCCAACAUUGCCAUACAAACAUGAAGCACAGUCAGUCCAUCCCAAAGGGACCCAAGUUAUGAGAAGCUUUCCAAAUAUUUUGCUUCAUCAGCCUAUAUCAACAUUUGUAUCUGGCCUCUCUGUGUCCCAGUGGUGCCUUGUGCAAUGUGAAUGUGCAUGUCUAUGCUAAACCACCAUUUUCUUUGGUUUUUGUUUUGUUUUGGUUUUGCUCAGAUACUUGCCAAAAUGAGACUCUUCGUCAGCAGCUGCAGGGAGGGUCUGCGGCUCUCUUUCCUUUGGUUUUGGGAUCGCUUUUGCUCCCAGGGGAACCAAAGAGGCAAGAUGGGCUUCCCCUGGGGGUGACUGGGGGCCUUGGUCCCCUGCAGCCCCAAGCUGCCCACAGGCUUGUCCCCCACCAAGGUCCUGGCUCCCGGUCUGGAAGGGAGGCAGCCUCCAAUCAACACACGCAGAUCGCUGGGCUUGGGAGCAGGGAAGGACGGCUUGGUUCUCUUCUUUUGGGGAGAACGUCGAGUUUCAUGCUAGAUGUUUUAUGUAUUAUAUCUAUAAUAUAAACAUAUCAAAGUAAAUGUUGGUGUUUUUUUAAA